GCGACGGUUGAAAUAGAAUAAUCCAAAAAGCAGCCAGCAAGCUAGCAAGAAAUCAAGAAAGCCAAUUCAGAAGCAAACAAUAUAUAGAUAUAUGUUCAACGCGGAAUACCAAUUGGAAAGUCCCGGGAAAAAGCAUCGUUUGUGAAGUGAAAUAAAUAAAUUAGUGACCAAAAGCAAGAUAUUGAGUUUUCACCCCAAAUAAAUCAGAUAAAGCAUAGAAGCCAUUUCUUGCUUAUCAAACUUAAACUGAAGUAAAAGUGAAAGGAUAUUGCGGCAUUUGGCGACGGCAUGAAUGAAAGCCCACCGCCGUAUAAGAUGAUUACACGAGCAGUGCUUUAUUGAUUUUUGCCUCGCAGUGAGACCGAGAACGAAACUUUCGUGAAACUGACUGUGAAAAUUUUGCAGACCGUCUAAGAGCGACGAAAAGCCGAAAAGGCAACAAAAAGCCAAAGGAAAAACCCUUUGAAUUCUUCUGCAAGUGCCAUUGCGAUCCAGGCGGCGUAGCCCCUGGAACUCCAUCAGCGGCCAUGAUCAUGGAAGGGCUUGAAACCCUGGUGGCGCCAACGCAUCACGCAUUCCUGCUCACCGAGACGGCCGCGGCCGCCCACUUCAAUGUGCUGAGCUUCGACACCUGUCUGUUCAAGACGAGCACGGCGGCCCAGAGCAGCGGCAGUCCGUCGACGGCCACCUACCUGAGUCCCGCCCAAUUCGGGGGCAGUCAUCACGGCGGCACCAGCGCCAGCACCAGCAGCCACUCCCUGAACUCCUCCUCGACCGCAUCCUCGUCGUCCACGUCGUCCUCGCUGCUCCACUACACCACCGCCUCGGCAGCCGCCGCAGCUGCAGCCGCCGCCGCCGCAUCCGCCAACAAUUCGGUGCUCCGUGCCCGCAACCAGACGGCCACGCCCACCCAGGGCGGCAGUCCGGGAAACGUGGCCGUUCAGCCGAGCGCCACCGCCAGCAGCGGACGCAGCUCGGCCUCCCAUCUCAGCCUGCUGAACACCAGUGGCCAGCACAGCCCCACCUCGUCGGCCGUCGAGCAGGUGGAGGCCCACAAGCAGCUGAUCGAGGCGCUGCCGGGCGACCUCAACACGCCGGUGACCACGUCCAGCGAUAUUCCCUCGUUCUUCGGCCCCAGCACCGUGGUGGAGCCACCGCCCAUUACUGGCUCCAUCGAAUCCGAGGAUCUGUCUCUGGAACCCCAGGUGAUAUCUGUGGCCAGUCCCGUGCUGUCGCAUUGCAGUCCGUUGAAAGAGGAGCGCAGCACUCCGCCAGCUUUGGCCAUUGUCAAGGAAGAAUCAAGUAAUAAUAGUUGUAAUAUGUACCCACAACACAACAACAACAACACCACAACAUCAUCAUCAUCAACAACAACAACAAGCGAAAGCAACAACAGCAACACCGAGUGCGUUGGCUCGCCAGGCAACCAAACACAAUCACACCAACAACAGCAACAACAACAACAGCUGCAACACAACAACACGAGCAGCAACAACAGCAAUUGCCACCACAGUCACCAACAGCAGCAGCAACAACAACAACACAUGAGCUCCCCGCAACAUCAAUACCAACAACACCAAAUAUUACACCAACAACAACAAUUGCCAAAUCACCACCAUCAUCAUCAUCACCACCACCACCAUCACAGUCAGCUACAACAACUCCAACAACAACAGCAACAACAACAACAGCAGCAACACCAACAACAGCCGCUACACCAACAACAGCAACUGCAACACCAGCAGCAGCAACAACACCACCAACAACACUAUCAGCAACAUGCCAUUCAACACCAGCAAUCACAACAGCAGGCUAGCAAAAUCUCAUAUCGCGGCAUUUUCACCACUACAGGCAACGCGAUGAACGCAGCAGCUGCCGCAGCAGCCGCAGCAGCCCAGCAGCAACACCAGCAACAGCAGCAGCAGCAACUUCCCUCCCCGCAACUGGGCGUCCUGGCCGGACCGAUGUCCCCGCCCUCAAAUAGUUUGGGCAACAGCUGGGGUCUUCCCAGUCCGGACAAGACCAUGUUCCAGCCGCCCCUGUUCAGCCUGCCCGCUCACUAUGCCACCAUGCAGCAGCAGCAACAGCAGCAGCAGCAACAACAGCAGCAGCAAGCGACCGGAGCUGCACCCUCGCCCUACGACGACGGACGAGCUGCAGCAGCAGCGGCGGCACAGCACGCCGAGCUCUUGGGUUUGACCAUGGACUGCACACCUCUGUUGCUCAAACAACCGCCACCAACUUACGCCGGAGCCUCCGCCGGAUUUCCGGGCCUGGGUGACCUGCACAGCAGCCACGAGCAGCAGUUGCAACAGCAGCAGUAUGUGCGAUCGCAGCCGAAAUACCAAUGGCUGGACUCACCAGCGGACUAUGCCCAGCAGCAGCAGCAAGUGCAGCAGGUGCAGCAGCAGCAACAACAGCAGACUCUGGUGCUGCCGGGACCCACUUCAUCCGCCAGUUCCAGCAAUGCCGCUCUCGGCGUUUUGAUACCCAAGCAGGAGAACUAUCCCGACAUGCAGCCCAGUUCGAAUGGCACGGGUUAUUCCGGAGGAUCCGGAGGCAGUUCUGCGGCAGCCGCAGCCGCCGCUGCAGCAGCCGCAGCAGUGCAACUGGCCGAGUACAGUCCAUCCACCAGCAAGGGACACGAGAUCCUGUCGCAGGUCUAUCAGCAGAGCACUGUGCCCUUGAAACUGGUGCCCGUGAAGCCGCGCAAGUAUCCCAAUCGCCCCAGCAAGACGCCCGUGCAUGAGCGACCCUACGCCUGUCCGGUGGAAAACUGCGACCGUAGGUUCUCCCGCUCCGACGAGCUCACCCGCCACAUACGCAUCCAUACGGGCCAGAAGCCCUUCCAGUGCCGCAUCUGCAUGCGCAGCUUCAGUCGCAGUGAUCACCUCACCACCCAUAUUCGCACCCACACCGGCGAGAAGCCCUUCAGCUGCGACAUUUGCGGCAGGAAGUUCGCGCGAUCCGAUGAGAAGAAGCGGCACGCCAAGGUGCACUUGAAGCAGCGCAUCAAGAAGGAGAAGGUGCGCGGCGAACAGCAGCAGCAACAGCAGCAGCAGCAGCAACAACAGCAGCAACAGCAGCAACAGCAGCAGCAGCAGCAACUGCAGCAGCAGCAGGAGCAGCAUCACCUGAGCCUGCAGCAGCAUCAGCAGUACCAGCAGCAUCACCUGCUGCACUCCGCCGACCUGGCCAUAGUCACCUCCAGUGCGAGCAUGUAGAGACUAGAGAACUCGGCAUCCAGCGAUGCCAAGGCCAAGACUCCAAAUCCAACUCCAACUGGAGCUCCAACGCAGAAAGUUAGUCUGGCCCUGGCCCUGGAUCUCGACGAGAGCGCCUUUCCCUUCGAGCUGACAUCCGACUACGGCACCCUGUCGCCGCUCACCAGUCCCAGGCAGUUCAACUACGUGUGGGUGGGCCAGGACUCCAGCCAGCCCUUCUUCUACAAGGACAGCAGCGUCCAGGAGAAGUAGAGCUCAAGAGGUCCAGUACGAGUCCAGCCAGGGGCAAUCCGUCGAGAGGAGUCAAUCGCUGAUGCUGAAUAAUCACUUAGUGUAUACUGAACUGUAGUCGUAGAAACGGGGUUGUGCUAUCAGCAAAAUCUAAGCAAGACAUUAAAUAGUAGAGAAGAUACAAUAUGCUACAGUUAGCCUAGAUAAUAUCACACAUCCAAGAUUGGUCAGGAUAGGAAAACAAGGAAUCUAAAAAUCAAGAAUUUAAGAAAUCGAGCAAGCAAAACAGAGUUACUAACCAUACAAAGCCUAACUAAAGCAAAUUGAUGAUUACUAACUAUAUUCGAUGUAAUUGAAAUGGGAAAAUAUUUAACUUAUGUCUCUAAUACUGUGAUCUCAUGUGUAAUAAUUAUUAAUUUUAAUUUCUUUACAUAACUGCAAGUAACCAGUAAUAAUUUUAAAAAUUAUAAUCCUUUCGCCUUUGCCUAGCUAAUGUUCAUUUUUUAAAAAUGCUAACACAAACAAAACACACAAACACUAAUUUAUUGCAUUUUAAAAUAAUUAUACAUAUAUAUCUAUUAUAAUUAUUAACUUAUUAUCUUAAAGGUUUAGAUUUAGGUUUUAACAUACAGAAUACACACAAACGAACACACAAAUCUUAGCAUAUCAUUUUUUCCUCUAAGCAUUAUAAAUUGCGUAAGUUCAAAACAAAAGUUACUUUUAAUCGAAAAUCGGAAUUUUCGUGUGCUAGAAACGAGAAACUUGUUAAACGGAAACGGAAACGGAAACGAAACUUAAAAUUGAAAAAUGCCCCCAGUGUACUUCCUUAAUUGAUUCGAAAUCAAAAUGGCAAAUGGAAAUGAGAUGUUAUUAUACAUUAUACAUAUAUCUUGAAUACGUUUAUGUU